UUCUCCCAGCAAGGAGAUCAGAAACUCUACUGGAUAUGCUGGAUAUUGAAGCCAAGGUACUGGAUGAGAAGUCUGGACCAGUUUUAGAUUUGAUCAUACCACACAUGGAGUCUGUUCCCAGAUUACUGAAAGAGACUUUCUGCUGCUUUAGAGGAAAAUGGGGAGAGUGCAACAAUGAAUAAGGACAUUCACUCCAGAAUUUUUGAAAACUACCUGUUGAAGAGCGACACACUAAUAGAGUCUUGUAUUCAUUUUGAGACUUUUUUUGAAUUGAAGUACAUCUGGAUCCAGCGGAAAUAUUAUUUUCUAGGUGAAAUCAGUGGUUUAUUUCAGCUGGAGACUACACUGGCUUAGAGAUGACUGGAGCCCUGCACACUGGACUCAUACUCUUCUCAUUUGUGGUGGUGUGUGAGAGUGAGCCAACACAUCCUGGGCCAGACAGAGUGGAGGAUUCACAUGGACAAUCCAGACUGGUCCAUCUAACUUCUCACUGGGCCUUCCAGCUGGUCAAUGACUCACUGGCCUUCUCCGGGGCCGACAGAUUCUGCAGAGGCCAGUUCAGCUCCCUCGCCACCGUGGAACAGUCAGAGGACCGGGAGGGAGCCUUGGAGCUGCUUCGGCGGACUGGACAUCGCUUGCCUAUCUGGGUCAGGGACCCAAACAAAGCAGCCUCCAAGCCUGUGGCCCUCUCCAAACAGUAUUUACAUUUCUUAGCUCUAAACUUCCCAAAGGACUCCCUUGAGGGCUUUGCUCGUGUCAACGUGUCCUUUCCAACCCUGUCGUCCAUCAGUGUGUGUGUUCGAGUUCAGUGGAACUCAGAGUGGAAUCAAGUGUCCACCAUCUUCUCGUACGCUGCACCUGUCUUUACCAAUGAGUUCCAGCUAAGAGGUCAAGUGGACAUGCAGGGACGCAUCCUCCUGGCGCUUAUCAUCCAUGGGAAGCACAUGCCGUAUAAGGCGUCCUUCCCCAACGAUGGAGAUUGGCAUCACGUCUGUGUCGCUUGGCGCCGGAGCAGCAGCCACUGGGCUAUCUAUGUGGAUGGGGAGAUGAAGGACAUGGGCACAGGCACAGACACUUCCAGGGAUAUAUAUGGGGAUGGGAUUUUCAUUCUGGGUCAGGACCAAGAUUCAUUUGGAGGGAAUUUCACAGAGCCCUUUUUUGGAAAUAUCACUGACCUGAAUGUUUGGAAUAUGUCUCUGGAAACAAGGCAUGUCCGUGCCCUCAACGCAUGUUCAUCCCUGACCCAGGAUGUGCUUUUCAGUUGGAAUCUUGACCACCUAAGCAGGCACCCAGCGGUCAGAGAGGUGCAGGUCCUUCUGUUUUGCUCAGCAGUGCACCAGCAGAUGGAGCUGCAGGGCUGCAAGAUGCUCCAGGGCUGGGCUGAUCGGCUGCCAGUGUUCGGCCUGACAGACUGCUCGGAUCCACUGCCGUUCAUCUGCCGGAGCAGCACAGAGCGUUACCUGAGGAUGAAGCAGAUGAGUGAUUCUCAGAACUCCCAGCCCACAGCCUUCAUGAACCAUCUGAUGAAGCUUUCCAACAAAACCCAGGCGAUGCUGGGGCAGCAGCCGUCAGGGCUGGACAGCCUGGCCCAGGCAUCCGCCCUGCUGGACAUCUCUGUCCAGGCCCUGGAGGACACGCAGCAGGAAGGGCUGCAGCCGACAGACAUGGUGUCCCUCAUCCAGCUGCUGUCUCUGGCUGCUGACGCCCCCCCCACACAGCCACUCAGCGGGGCCACCAACCACAGCCAGGACACCAUCCGGGAGCUCAGCCAGCACUUCAUCAGCGUGGCCGACAGCAUCAUCAGCCAAGACAACGGCCUCAAGUGGGAGGCCAUCAAAGAGGUGGUGAACGGCCCAAUGGAUGUGGUCAAGAGUAUUGACCGGAUGUUGACCAGCCUGAGCCCUCGCUUGCUGGAGGAGACUGAUCGCCUGACCAUUAACAGACCCAACAUCAAACUGGAGAUGCAGCAGCAGAUGCUGCAGGAAGGAUCCAGAGGCUCAAGUUUCUGUGGGCCUGAGACAGGGAAACACACCAACCUAGACUGUAUUUCAGUCCCACAUCAGAAGAUACAAGAUCUCCGUAACAAUGGCUUCCAUAAGCUCACGUUGGUCAACACGUGGUACGGCUCUUUGCGGCCUUUCAAUCCGGAGGGGAACCUCACCAUGGUCCCUACUGUCACCGAUGGCAGCCAGAGGUAUUUGGGCACCAUCCUGGGCUCUUCUGUCAUGUCCACCACAGUGCUGGGAGACGACCAGCCGGUUAGCACAGCAGUUCGCUUCCAGCUCCAGCACAGAGUACAGAAUCCCGCUGGUACUGUGUAUGAUCCAGUGUGUGCCUUCUGGGAUUUUGAUCUCACUCCCGAGGGCGGUGGGUGGUGGAAUACCAAAGGCUGUGAUGUAGUCUCCAAAGAAUAUGGAUACACUGUGUGCUACUGCAACCACACCACCAAUUUUGCAUUGCUGCUGCAGGUUUAUGAAGCCCAGAGGAGCCCGGAGAACGAAAAAGCUCUGCAAGUGCUGACGUUCAUCGGCUGUGGAGUGUCUCUGUGUGGCCUCCUCUUCACCUUCAUCCUCUUCAUCGCUGUGGGUGUCCCUAAAUCCGACCGUACCACCGUCCAUAAGAACCUGAUCGUGGCUUUGGGCCUAGCUGAGUUGCUGCUGAUGUGCAGUGACUGGGCGUCUGCCAAUGAGGCAGCGUGCUUCGUGGUGACUGCACUACUCCACCUCUUCUUCAUGGCCUCCUUCUCCUGGAUGCUGGUGGAGGGCCUGCUGCUCUGGAGCAAAGUCGUGUCCGUCAACAUCAGCGAGGACCACAGGAUGAAGCUCUACUACAUCAUCGGCUGGGGACUACCUGUUCUGAUAGUUGGUGUAACAAUGGCAGUAUCAGUGGAUGAGUACAAGGCAGAUGAUCACUGCUGGCUCAAUGUGAAGACUGACACCAUCUGGGCCUUUGUGGGACCUGUUAUAUUUGUCUUAGCGGUCAACGCAGUUGUGCUGUUCCGGGUUGUCAUGGUGACCGUCUCCAGCGCUCGCCGCCGCGCUAAGAUGCUCAGUCCAAGCUCGGCAGCAAAGAUGCAGACCUUUGACCUCACCUGGGCUGUGACCCGUCCAGUUCUCAUCCUGCUGCCAGUUCUGGGUCUGACCUGGCUGUGUGGCGUGCUGGUCCACCUGUCGGUAGUAGUCGCCUAUGUCUUCAUUGCUCUCAAUGCCACCCAGGGCCUGUACAUCUUCUUAGUGUAUGCUGUUUACAACAGUGAGGUGAGGAAUGCCAUAAAGAGGAUCAAAGAAAAGAGAAAGGCCUUAUCUUUCACGAACUGUUCCCAGCCAACCAGCUUCCUACCUUCCCAGAGGGCCCCGAUCACCUCCUGGGGCCGCAGUCCACUGACCCCCUCCAGCCCUGAGACCAGUGAGACUUCUGGACCGCCCAGCUCCACCUCCACGUCAUUGGUCAUCAAGAACGAGAGCUUCAGAAAGGAAAGCCUUGUGAGUUUCUCUUUGAAACCAGCAUCAGGAAACCAAGUUGCUGAUGGAGUGGAUCCUGAUACUUGGCUACAAUACGCACGCAUCCCGCUGAAAAAGAAUGGAGAGCUGGACACAGACACAGAUCCCACCUUAAGAAGUGCACUGCCGACACACGCACGCACGCACGCACACACACACACACACACACACACACACACACACACACACACACUGCGUUGCAACACAUUCACACUCCAAUUGCAUCAAAAAGCGACAUUUUGGCGUUUGUUAUUGACACGCUUGGUCGGGACUCUUGGCGUCACUUUUUGACGCUGUGGGUCGGGACGUCCGUUUAACUGACAUGCGGCACAAGAACGGGACGGUUAGAUUCAGGAAAAGAUCGUGGGUGGGAUUACAAAAUGUACGAUUCAGGUCUCCUGGGUGAAAGUCCUGUUUUGUUAGUCGCCACCCCAACCUGCUUCCCUUACGCGGACUUUCUUACUACUCGCUCGCGCCGCUGUCGAGCUACUGCUCUGCCCCGUACAGACGCUAAAAAGGGGGAUUCAUGCGUCGGUAUCUGACGCUGAGAGCCACUGACCAAGCGUCAGGAUUUCACGAGUUGGGAGUGAGAACGGGUCUCUGCUGGGAGGGAGAGGGCAGAAUAAAAUAAGCAUGAAGGAAGGAUGAAGAAGCCCGCGCCACCUUCUCUCACACUGUCGUUAGAUCAGAUCAUUUUCCCUCAACUCCUUUUUUUUUACCUUUACCUUUUACCAUGUCAUUAAAUUGAGAUUAUUAUUUCCAAAGGCGGCCUGAUAAGUGAUAAAGUCACUUAGGGGGAAGGGAAGGAGGGCUAGGAAAUCAGCAGUCAACGUGUACAAAUGCAUCACAUUGCAUUUGAUGUGUGUUUUUGAUCGCCAAUUAAAAUGACACAUUUCACUCUUUUUCGGCUACCUUCCUCUUUCUUUGUGUUGGCGUUCUAACCUCCGGUGUAUUUCUGAGGACUAUGGUUAACUGCUCCUCAGAUCUCUG